AUGAGUCGACGGAAGCAAGCCAUGGGUCGCGCCCUUGAGCGCCAACGACUUGAGAAGAUAGCGCGACUCCAGCAAAAUAUAUCUGAUAUCAAGCCUGACCCGCCCAAAAAAGAAGAAAAGAAAAUUGAUCCCAAAGUAGCUCUUCAACAGAAAAAGGAGAAGCGUGAAGAGAAAAUAGAAAAACACGACAAAGAUGAGAAGAGUAAAGCUGACAUUCAACUUGAGCAACGUAUGCGACUUAUCUAUGAUUUAUUAAUAUCGUUUGAUAUUUCUCCCGAGUUAGUCAAGCGUUCUAUGAUCGGUGCAACUUCCGAGAAAGCAGAUGAAAUCGUUUUAGAUGAUGUUUUACUCUGGAUUUGUACAAAUGUCCCACAACAUUUAAUUCCUCGUUCAUUAGGGGGGUCAUUCGGUCUUCAAGACCAACAACGUUCUUCACACCCAAACACUACUAAAUCAACUCAGAAGACAAAACCCGUUGUGCAAAAAGUUGAAAUACCACAACAAAGCCCACAAGAAAGUGAAGAUGUGGAUUUAGACAGAGCUCUAAGUCGAGAGGCCUUUAAAGAAUCGAUGGACCCUUCAAAGCCCAAGAAAAAGUCUGUUGAAGAGAUGAAAGCUGAAGGCUUAAGGAAAAAAGCGGAACGAGAAGCACAGCGUCUUGCCGAGCAAAGUGCACUUCCACCACAACAAGAAGAAGAUUUCACCCCAACUUUUGAUUAUUUCGAUCAGUGCGAUUUCCAGUUGGAAACAGAGCAGAAGCCACAAUGGAAGGUUAUUAGUGCGGCAGAUGACUUGAAGUGGACUGGAAAGUUCCCAGGAAUGCUUGCUGGAGAGUACUGUCGACAUCAAAAGUAUGAAACUCCGAAGUACCAUGAUAUGAAGUGUCAAGACGGGUGUUAUUUAAUGCGUGCGACGUGUCAGUUGAAUGACAAAAGUAAAACAUUAGUGAGGGCAUUGCUUCCUGAAGAGAAUGUGUGUUUCUUAGAGAAACAGACUGCCAAAAAUUACAUCGCGUUACGGCUCCUCUUCGAGCUUAAAGUCCAAAGAAACUUCAUCAACAGCUUUUCACAAAGAUAUCAAGAUCAAUUCGAUAUGUGGACGAACUCGUCUCCACUAGAGAUCAUGAAGAACGAUGCCAUCGAGUCGGUGUUAUCCACAAAGCGUGCGGAGAGGAAAAGUAGUUGUAUUGGCGAGAUAAGAGAAAGUGUUUUUGCCCGUGAGAAACAGACUCUCGACACACAAAACAACGACUUUUAUCGCUCAGAAAUGCAGAAAGAAAUGAACAACAAAGACUACAAGAAUAUGUUAAGUGUACGCGAGGCAUUGCCCAUCUUUACGGAGAAGAAUUCCUUCUUAGAGAAGGUGUCGAAGAAUCAAAUCGUCGUUGUCUCUGGUACCACAGGGAGUGGCAAAAGUACCCAACUCCCUCAAUACAUUCUCGAGAGUGAAUUACUCAAAAACAAUGGCAAAACAACAAAAAUUUAUGUGACACAACCACGAAGAAUCAGUGCGGUAGGGUUGUCUGCUAGGGUUUCCGAAGAACGUGGAUCAAAACAGUUUGUUGGUCACCAAAUACGAUUUGAGAAGAGUGGAGGAGAGAAGUUGGUGUAUUGUACUGUUGGUGUGAUGUUAAGGAAAGUGCUUGGUAAUCCAGACAUGGAGGGGAUAUCACACUUAUUCAUUGACGAAGUGCACGAGAGAGAUAUUAACACCGACUUCUUGUUGCUUCUAGUCAAGAAGUUAGUUGAGAGGAAUAAACGAAUCAAAAUCAUUAUUAUGAGCGCAACACUCGCUGUCGAGUUGUUUGAAAAGUACUUUGGGAGCGCAGACUCGAUUAGAGUGGAGAGCAGAAUCUACCCCGUCGAGAUCCACCAUCUUGAUGACGUUAUCAAUUUGACUGACUACAAAAUUGACAGAAAUUCGGAGUUUUUCAAUUACAAGUAUGACGACGUCCAAAAGAAGAAAGUGUCUGGUGUGACGUACUCUGUAGACAUGCACAAGGCUUAUGGUAUCUCCGAUAAAACCAAUUCCGAGAUGAUUGAUCAAAAUAGAGUGAACAAUGAAUUAAUAGUGGACUUACUUGUGUAUAUCGUACGUAACAAGCCUGUUGGAUGUGUGUUGAUAUUCCUUCCUGGUAUCUUUGAAAUCACGAAUUUACAACGUGAGAUAUUGUCCACGCCUGAACUGACAUCGAAAAGCCUAAAGAUCGAUUUGAUGCACUCCACUAUUCCAUUACAACAACAAAAGGAAGCAUUCACGGUUGCUCCCAAGAACGUCUGGAAGUUUGUGUUGGCGACAAAUAUCGCGGAGACGUCAGUGACAAUUCCGGACGCAAAGUAUUUAAUCGACACUGGUCUUGUCCGUCUUAUGUCGUAUGACAGAAGCACGAAAAUGCAGAGACUUGUGUUGACCCGCAUUUCUAAAGCGAACUGUGCACAACGUAGUGGGCGUGUUGGUCGUGUGAGUGCUGGAGAAUGUUACAGAAUGUACAGUGAGUCUCGUGAAAAUUCGUUUGACACAUAUCCACAGCCCGAGAUAAAGCGUCUACCGUUAGAGUCUUUGUGUCUGCAAAUUCUCUUGUUUGGUGAGACUGACCCAGUCAAAUUUUUGAGUGGAGCUAUUGAUGCGCCUUCGGAGAGUCAAAUUGAAAAGUCUAUGAGUCAACUUGUCAACAUGAAAGCCGCAAUCAAAACCCCAAUACUCAAUCAGAGUGGCUCAUUGAUCAAAAAUGUAUAUUCUGCUACUCCUUUGGGUCACGCUUUGGCUGCACUACCUGUUGAUGUUACAAUUGGGAAGAUGUUGUUAGUCGGAUGCAUCUGUGGUGUUGCAGAGGAAGCAGCGACAAUAGCAGCCUGUAUGUCUGUUCAGCAGUUCAUUCAAAGUGAGAAAUGUCUUGAUACAAAGAAGCGUUUCUGUGGCGACAGUUCCGAUCAUAUUGCGAAUAUGCGAGUUGUCCAAAAGUACAUCGAAGCUGAGCGAAACGGCGAAGCAAAUAACUUUACUCGAAACAAUGGGAUUAACGUUAUAUUGAUGAAAGAAAUUCUCGAUACGAGGAAACAGUUUUUGGAACUCCUGAAAAGUUAUAGAUACCCAACAGAAAGUGUUCUCAGCAAUUGCAAAGAUGUCAUAACGUUUGUGCUCUGUUAUGUGUUCUACCCCAACAUCGUAAUACCAAAAGCACUUGAAGGGAAGACAGCGAGCGA